CCCAGGCAUCAGGCAUGUCGCACGCGGUGGUGCGCGGCGCGCCGACGGCGGCGCAGCGGUACGCGGACGGCGCGCUGGACGCGUGGCUGCGCGCGCGCGGCCGGGAGCCCUCCCGCGAGGCGCGCGCGCGCGUGUCCGCGGCGCAGCUGCUGCUGCACUGCAUGCGCCAGGCGCCCGACUUCGUCUGCAUGAUCAACGGCGCCACCGGCGAGCAGACCACGAACCGCGAGAUGCUGGAGCUGGCCAUCCCUUUCGCGCGCAAGCUGCUCGCCCAGGGCCUGAAGGGGAAGACCGUGAUGCUGGUGGCGCGCGACCACGAGCGCACCGUGGCGGUGUUCCUGGGCCUGCUGCUGGCGGGCGUGCUCGCGUACCUCACUGAUCCUGGGGCCACUAAGUAUGAGUUGCAGCACUACUUGCGGCUCGUGGAGCCCGCGCUGGUGUUCUGCGACGAGGCGACGCAGGCGGCGGUGCGCGUCGCGACGGCCGACGCGCCCGCGCCCGCGCACGUGCUGCCCAUACACGACGACGCGCUGCUCGACUACAUCCAGGGACACACCGACGACCUUGACUCUUUCGAAGCGGAGGACAGCGAGGAGGGCGCGGCGAGCCUGCUGCUGCCCACGAGCGGCUCCACGGGGCUGCCCAAGGCGGCGCAGUACAACCAGCGCGCGCUGGUGGCGCAGCUGCCCACCGUCUGGAUGCACUAUGAGAAGUUUCCCACGCCUACGGAGCGUGUGAUGUUGCUCACAACGCCGCAAUGGAGUACCUUCACCAUCACCGUUGCCACGUGUUGUUUAUACAACGUCACACUGGUCAUGUCUCCCAAAGAGGCUACCGUGGAAAAUGUACUCGACAUGAUGCAAAGAUGCAGGCCAACUUGGACGUUCUUCGGGCCGCCGUUCGCCAAGCAGCUGGCCAAGGCGGCGACGCCGGACCACUUCUCGUCGCUGGAGACCGUGAUGACGCUCGGCUCGCAGGUGUCGCCCGACAUCAUGGCCGCUCUUAAAGAAAAAAUGGCACCGGGCAGCAACCUGUGCGACGGGUUCGGCAUGACGGAGGCGCACGGCUUCCUGGCCGUGGCGCCGCGCGGCGCCGCGCCCGGCUGCCAGGGCCGCUGCGCCAACAUAUUCCACUACAGGCUCGUCAAAAACGAUGAUGAAGAUGCUGCCACUGACGAAGAAGGAGAACUGUACAUUAAGGGCUCUACUAUUAUCAAGAGCUACUACAAGAAUGAGUCGGAGCUGGCGGCGAACAUGACGGCGGACGGCUGGCUCCGCACGGGCGACGCCUUCCGCCAGGACCGCGCGCGCCGCCUGCACUACUGCCGCCGCAUCAAGUUCUGCUUCAAGUACGACAACCUGCUGGUGUCGCCCGAGGAGCUGGAGCGCGUGGUGGGGCAGCUGCCGGGCGUGGCGGAGUGCGUGGUGAGCGACAGCGCGCGCGGGCCCGCGGCCGCCGUGGUGCUGCGCGCCGGCGCCAGCGAGCCCGACGCGCGCCGCGCCAUCCACCGCGUCGUCGAGACGACGCUGAGCGACCACAAGCGGCUGCGCGGGGGCGUCGCGUUCGUGGCCGCCAUCCCACGCACGCACACCGGCAAGGCGCACCGCCAACGAGCCAAGGACCUCAUCCAGCGCCUCAUAGAGGAAGGGGCUUGCUGCUAUUGAGUACAUAAAUUGAUGAUGAGUGUUAUUACAAUUUGUUUUAUAGCAGUCAGCAACUCAUCAGAAUAAAAUCAUUUUGUUGGAAAAUUUAUCUAGUUACUUGAGAGUUUCUUAGUAAUAUGGAACAUUUAAAGCAGGUGCAUAAUUUAGGUGUUAUACCCUACCAAAUGAUGUACAUUAAAUACGAUUUUUCUCUAGAAAAAAUGUUUUUCCUCCAUGACGCGGUGUGGCUUAUUAUUACAGCUUAAAAUACCUACAGUUGAAAAUUUCGACAGGUUUGCUAAUUUACUCUGUAGCUUAGUUCCCCGCAAGCAAAGUCGUGGGUCCCACCUGGGGCAGCAGUGCGUUUGUUGUAGUUUAUUUAACACUAGCUUUCCGCCCGCGGCUUCGCCCGCGUGGAAUUUUGUCUGUCACAGAAAAACUUUAUCCUAUGUUCUUUCCCGGGACUCAAACUAUCUCUAUGCCAAAUUUCAUCAAAAUCGGUUGCGAGGUUUAAGCGGGAAAGCGUAACAGACAGACAGACAGACAGAGUUACUUUCGCAUUUAUAAUAUUAGUUGGGAUGGGAUAAGCAGUGGUUAUUAGUCUGUUAUUAUUUCACAGAUGUUUUCCGAACAAAAUAAAAUAAAUAAAUACUUUCGUAUUUAAAAAGUU